UGUUGAUAACAACGAAGGUUGGCAUCACUAUGGAAAAAGAAGAGAAGACCAAAUUCUGGCGCCCAUGGGACACAUUCAGAAAAGUUCCAACUAUUCAAGAUGAGCGGAAACCUAAAGGACCGAUACAGUUUUUGAAGUGGUUCACAUGUAUCAUUGUAACCAUACUAGUCUUUGCUCUUGCACUCCUUAGUAAAACAUCCUUUCUCCUUUUGAUAACUUUCGGGAACGAAACAGCUACAUUUGUAGAGCACAAUGUGACUGCUCUUUUGGGCAUCGGCUUUGUUUUGGUGUUUCCGAAUGUUCUUCUUCUGAUUAAAAGCGUGUGGAAAAUCCUGUUCAAGAGUACAGCUAUGCCCACUAAAAAGACAGCUUUAUGGGUACUUGGUAUAGAGUUCCUGGUAGCAUUAGGAGCUGCAGUCCUUACUAUCGUAGCCAUGCCACAUUUUGACAUUGUCAGUAAUGUGACGAUUCUGAACAGUGUGAGUAUCCUGUCUGCCGUGUUCCAAGUGGUCGCUCAGUGCUUUAAUGGAGAUAGGAAAUGCUAUAUAACAAUACCUGGGUGCUCCAUUGUCCUCAUCAUCCUUGGUUACAUCCUCUUUGCAAUUAGUUAUCUGAUAAUAGAAGAAAGUUCACCUGAGGUAAAAAUAUCAGUCGGACUUGCCAUCGUGGGAACCAUCUUCGUUUCUCUGAACUGGUGGGAGAACUUCAGCUCACUCUUUAGGAUCAAGUUUCUAGGGGACAUUUCUCGAGACAUUGAGAAGUCCCGUAACGUGGUCGACAUCUUCUCCAGUCUGAUCAGAAUUCUGGUUACUGCGGCUGUGCUUGGAGCUUAUGUCCCUUUGUCAGGCCAGGACUGGAAGUCAUCACUGUUUUUGUUCCAAACACCCACAGUUGGUUUGCUGGUGGCUGUCCAGAUUCUGUCCUCUGUCAUGUGCCACUGGUUUGUGGUUGUGGCCUGCAAAAUGCAUUUUAUGCGCCGCAGCUUUGUCAUGCCCAUGUACCUGCUGUCAUUUGUCGUAUUGAUUGUGUUUUUGGUUCCAGUUCAAUUUAUGCCCUUGCAGUCUAAACCGAAUUCCACCUAUUGUGAGAAUAUUCAGCAGAAUUUUAAUGACCACUGGGUGAACAUGAUGAUAAAAGACGUUGUAAGAACUGUGUGUACCAGAGACAUUGUGGUGAACAUGAGGAAAGAAGGACUGGUGUUUAUGGGCAUCUCAGCUCUGAGUUGGUGGAUGGGACUCAUUUUAAAUACAAUUUAUGUCUGGUACCUGAACAUCCAACGAAUUGAAAGGACCAAAGAUUUGUUUGUGCGGCGCAUGUAUGAAGGAGCUUUUCUGGAACAGUCCAUGUUGCUGAACACCCGUUUUGUGAUCAGAAAAAGAAGCAAGGAGAAACGGAAACAGGAAACCAUCAAAGUGUUUUUGUGUGCAACAAUGUGGCAUGAGACAUAUGAUGAAAUGAUGAGUAUAAUCAUAUCUAUGUUCAGAAUUGAUAGAUACAGACCAAAGGCCAACCAAAACUCAAACAGUGAUGUGGAGUUUGAAUUCCAUAUUUAUUUCGAUGAUGCAUUUAAGGACAAUGAUAAUGGAAGACAUGCAAAUGAAUACGCUGAAACACUUGUUGAAGUCAUUACAGAAGUCUACACUAAUUUCAGUGUGCAGAUUUCGAGUAUAUUUAAGGAGACGCCGCCUCUGCCUUCUCAGGAGAUCAUAAACACUCCUUAUGGAGGUCGUCUAGAAUACACCCUCCCUAAAGGCAAUGUGUUGAUGGUUCACUUCAAGGACAAGCAGCUUAUCCGACACAAAAAAAGAUGGUCUCAGAUCAUGUACUUGUAUUACAUUCUUGGCUGGCGGCUUAACAGAAAGUACUUCAAAAUGUUUGAGGAAGGUGCAGAAUUAAAUUCCCUUAAAGAAGUUCGGAAGAGAGAAGCUCACAACACAUACAUCUUGGCCCUGGAUGGUGAUACUGACUUUCAGCCAUCUGCAGUGAUGCUAUUGAUCGACAGACUUAAACUCUACCCAGAGGUUGGUGCUGCCUGUGGCAGGAUUCACCCGACAGGCACAGGACCCAUGGUGUGGUAUCAGAAGUUUGAAUACGCUGUAGGCCACUGGCUGCAAAAGUCUGCCGAGCACGUGCUUGGCUGUGUCCUGUGCAGUCCCGGAUGUUUCAGUCUUUUCAGAGGUUCUGCACUAUUAGACGACAACGUCAUGAAAAGAUACACGACCAAAGCCACUGAGGCCAGUCACCAUGUUCAAUAUGAUCAAGGUGAGGAUCGCUGGUUGUGCACUUUACUGCUGCAGCAGGGAUGGAGGGUGGAGUACAACGCAGCAUCUGAUGCCUACACAAACGCACCACAAGAGUUUAAAGAAUUCUACAACCAGCGCAGACGCUGGGGACCUUCAACAAUGGCCAACACCAUUGACCUCUUGGGUUCAGGAGGACUGACUUCAGAAAGGAACAGCUCUAUAUCAAAACCUUACAUCGUGUACCAGAUUAUCAGCAUGGCAGCUUCUAUUUUAGGCCCUGCCACUAUAUGUCUGAUGAUAGCAGGAUCUCUUAUGUUCAUCUUCAAAAUGAAUGCAAAUGUCGCCCUUAUUUUGGCUGUAGUGCCCCCUGCUGUGUACCUGAUACUGUGCUUGAAACUGAAAUCUGACACACAGAUUACAAUCGCUGCAGUCAUGAGUGUAAUUUAUGCAUUUCUGAUGGCAGGAAUACUUCUAUCAAUUAUAGGUGAUUUAGUGGUUCAAGACACUUUUAUGACCCCUAGUGGUCUGAUCCUUAUUGGCAUGGCUCUGUUGUAUCUCCUCACGGCUGCUCUACACCCCCAGGAGAGCUCACUGGUCAUCUAUGGACUUUUGUACUUCAUUUGCAUUCCUAGCGCAUAUCUACUGUUAGCUAUUUACUCCAUAGUCAACAUGAACAAUGUUUCAUGGGGUACACGUGAAACUGGUGGCCGGGCUAAGACUGCAGCAGUCAGUGCCCUCAAGAAGCAGAUCUUGCAGGCCGCAUGUAGUAAAUGUCCAUGCUUUGGGUCUUAUGAAGUUAUGAAGGAGACACCAGCCGCAGAAACCAUAACAGUGACUGAAACUACACAAGCUCAUUUGGAAAUAGAAAGCUCACCGGGGUGCUCACAAAUUUCCUAUCAAUCUUGGAUUGAACAUCUUCAGAUGAAAUCUAAUCAACUUUCUUUGAGGGAAUCGACACUGUCUAUGGAUGAAAUCAAUUUCUGGAAUCAGCUCCAGAAAAAGUAUCUAGAACCUCUUAAAGAAAAUAAAGCAGAACAAGAGAAAAUUGCGAAUGAUCUGAGAGAACUGAGAAAUAGGAUGACAUUUGCAUUUUUCUUCUGCAAUGCACUUUGGUUAGUGACAACGUUCAUCCUUCAAACUAUUGGUGACACAGUCUCCAUAAAGAUCCCAAAGGUCUACCCCAAUGGGACUCAUUCAACGACAGAAUCAUUUUCUCUUGAUCCAAUUGCGCUCAUGUUUCUACUGGGCUUUACAUUAUUGCUGCUGAUACAAUUUUUUGCAAUGCUUUACCACAGAAUCUAUACACUAAUCCAUUUUGUGGCGUAUGCUGAUACAGAAACCAGAGCUUUUAAAAAGAAGUCCCAGGUUUCCUCAGUUCUUGACUCAGACCACCGGCAUGAAAACGAUGACUCUGACACAGCCAUGUACACACAGAACACAUCUGCUGAAGAAGGGGCAGGAUUUUUUGUCUAAGAUCUGUUGACAGAAUCUGUCUUUAAUUCUUAAUCAAGGUUAAUGUUCCUAUAGGUUCUAUUUUUUACAUACAGUAUCUAUAUGUAGCUACAUUGAACCCUGUAAUGUAUUAUGUAUUUUAGCCUUAUUUUAAAUGGUCUCUCUUACGGGAAUAGUCACACAUAAAUAAAAAUUGUGAUUUAAGUUAAAAAAAAUGUUAGUUUAAUGUUAAAAAGUUAGUUAAAUGUCAAGUUGAACCAAGUUACAUGACGGCAUGUAUUCUCAAACUUUAGCUCUCCAGUAUUUCCAGGAUGGAUGACUGAAACACUUCAACUGUGUGGCACUUUUAAAAAAUGUUUACUUUUUACAGUCCUCGAUACACUAACUUAUACCAUAAUUUGUAAAAACUUUUUCAUAGGCAUAAAUCUUAAAGAAUUGUGAAGCUAUGACUUGACUUGUAUGACUUAAAAUAAAUGAUUACAAAUA